GUUGGGCCUGGCCCGGGGAGCCGGGGCGCUCGCGCCGCCGCCCGGAGUCAGUGCGCGCAGCUGAGGGGCCGUCGCCCGGGUCAGAGGACGCGGCUGCUCCGCUCGCCCGCCCCGCCGGACGCGGCGCCGCCCGCCCCCUGCAGCCUGUGCUGCAGCUGCCGGCCACCGGAGGGGGCGAACAAACGUCAACCUGUUGUUUGUCCCGUCACCAUUUAUCAACUCAGCACCACAAGGAAGUGCGGCACCCACACGCGCUCAGAAAGUUAAGCAUGCAGGAAGUUUGGGGAGAGCUCGGCGACUAGCACAGUCACCCGGGCCACGCGGGGCGAGCGCAGGCGGCAAGAGCGCAGGGCGGCGCGGCGUCCGUCCCUGGAGCGUACCCCGGCUUUUUCUCGGAGCGGCGCUGUCCCUAGGUCGCUAAUCCCAAAUGCACCGGCUCAUCUUCGUCUACACUCUAGUCUGCGUAAACUUUUGCAGCUAUCGAGACACUUCUGCAACUCCGCAGAGCGCAUCCAUCAAAGCUUUGCGCAACGCCAACCUCAGGCGAGAUGAGAGCAAUCACCUCACAGACUUGUACCGAAGAGACGAGACCAUCCAGGUGACGGGCAACGGCCACGUGCAGAGCCCUCGCUUCCCCAACAGCUAUCCCAGGAACCUGCUCCUGACCUGGCGGCUCCGUUCCCAGGAGAAAACCAGGAUACAGCUCGCGUUCGACAACCAGUUUGGAUUGGAGGAGGCAGAAAAUGAUAUCUGUCGGUAUGAUUUUGUGGAAGUUGAAGAUAUAUCUGAAACCAGUACCAUUAUUAGAGGACGAUGGUGUGGACACAAGGAAGUUCCUCCAAGGAUAACAUCAAGAACAAACCAAAUUAAAAUAACAUUCAAGUCCGAUGACUACUUUGUGGCUAAACCUGGAUUCAAGAUUUAUUAUUCUUUUGUGGAAGAUUUCCAGCCCGCAGCAGCCUCAGAGACCAACUGGGAAUCAGUCACAAGCUCUAUUUCAGGGGUAUCCUAUCACUCUCCAUCAGUAACGGAUCCCACUCUUACUGCGGAUGCUCUGGACAAAACAGUUGCAGAGUUUGAUACCGUGGAAGAUCUGCUCAAGCACUUCAACCCUGAGUCAUGGCAAGAAGAUCUUGAGAAUUUGUAUCUGGACACCCCUCAUUAUCGAGGCAGGUCGUACCAUGACCGGAAGUCAAAAGUUGACCUGGACAGGCUCAAUGAUGAUGUCAAGCGUUAUAGUUGCACUCCCAGGAAUUACUCGGUCAAUUUAAGAGAAGAGCUGAAGCUGACCAGUGUGGUCUUCUUUCCACGUUGCCUCCUUGUGCAGCGCUGUGGAGGAAAUUGUGGCUGUGGAACUGCCAACUGGAAGUCCUGCACAUGCACUUCAGGGAAAACUGUGAAAAAGUAUCAUGAGGUGUUAAAGUUUGAGCCUGGCCACUUCAGGAGGAGGGGCAGAGCAAAGACCAUGGCUCUCGUUGACAUUCAAUUGGAUCACCAUGAGCGGUGCGAUUGUAUCUGCAGCUCAAGACCCCCUCGAUAAAAGAAUGUGCACAUACUUACAUUAAGCUUGAAGAAACCUUUAGUUUAAGGGGGGUGUGGUAAGAGACUCAUUUUCCACCAGCAACCGAACUUACUGCUAGCCUGAAAUGCCAUGAACACAAGUGGUUGCUGAGUUUCCACCUAGCUUCUUUAGUGCCAGGGCAAGUAGCAAGGCGUAUCAUCAACUUCUAUAUCCAAGAAUAUAGGAUUGCAUUUAAUAAUAGUGUCUGAGGAUAUAUAUACACAGCACAGAUAUGUAUAUCCAUGUCUAUGUGUAAAUAGCUCAAACGGUUUAUUCAGUAUAUAUAACCAGGUACACUAGAGCUUACAUAUGGUUAUUUAGACCCUUAAAAUCUUUUCACAAAAUAAGGGACAAUCAAAUAUAUGAAACAUGUCUUUAAAAUUUUCAGAAAAUGAAUUCGUUUAUUUUUAAAUUUUAAAUCACAGAACAAUUUUGGAUCUCGCUCUCUUAAAGAAAUCAUCUUGUACAUUAAAAACCAGAAGAUAAGCUUUUCUUAUGUAUACAUCUUCACUGAUUAUAUAAAGGGAAAAAUAUGAUUUCUCGGAAAAAGGCAAAUACUUACGCAUUUUUCCCACAAGAUGCACUACACACUUACCUAUGUAGACAAUAAUAACCUGUCUCCAAAACCAUGCCAUUAAUAACGUAGGUGCUUUAGAAAUUAAAUCAUUAAGUCUUCUUUUCAUGCAUUUUGCUGAGGCAUUCUAAUCCAUUGAACACCUGUCUCAAGAAAAGUACUCAGAGUCUUUAUUAUUAUAAUCUUACAAGAGACAAUUUAUAAGCUGUAGCAGAAUUUUGAAUUUUUAUUUUUCCAAAACCCCUCUGCAAGAGGAAAUCCUUUCAAGAAUGGCAUGGGAAUUCUGUAUGGGCCUUUCAAAAUGGUGUUCACUGGAAGAUUUGGGUAGUUGAGAGUUUAAAAAGUGAGUAUUGAUACAUUGACAUAACUGGAAAUCAGGUGGAAUAUUUGAUAGACUCCCUACUUAGUAAUGGAUUCAAACUCUCUAAACUAUGCCAAUUAAUUUUUAUGUAUCUUGCAUUUAUGUCCCUGUCCCUUCGACAGAGAGACUUGGAUUUAAAAUGGCAUUCUAUUUUUGGCAAGGCAUCAUGGAUUACUUUUAGCCUAAAAGCUUUUGUGUAUCAAUAAAAUAACCUAAUUUUAUUGAUGCAAAUUCCCAAUCCUAUGUGUAAUCACCAUGCUGAGAAUGUUUCUGAACCAAAUGAAGUCAGAUCUGGGGGUCUCUGGUUCUUUCUAAAUCUGUAUAUCUUGUUCUAAGAAGCCAACUGUGAAUUCUGGAAGCACAAGUUCGGCCCUGCUCUCCCACUAGAAAACUGUGUUGCAUUGGUUAUUGGUAUUUAGAGUAAUUUUUCCUCCCUGGCUCCUUCAUGUCUGUUUUAAAGAAGACUGACUCCAAGAGUAGGAAGUGAUUCAUCAUUCUCCAAAGCAAGACACUUAAGAGAGCAGUUCUGAAAUCAAGAUAGCUCACGGGCUGCUCACAGAGAACUACAUUUUUCUUCCUGCCUUGAAAGGAAAAAGGAGAGCCGAUUCCUUCUGGAAGUCUAGGGCCCUACUGCCUGCAACCAGUUUGGGCAAGAGGUAUGUGACAGGGCUAGUGAAGUCCCAGUGUCAGAUGAGUGGCCGUGAUAUACUUAGAUUUCUAAGCAUGGUGCUCUCAGGUCCAACCUCUCAACUACCCUUAGGUGGCUCAAUUCUUCCCAGCUCUUUCAGAUGAAAGACCUGUGCUUAUUGAAGAUGUACCUUCUAAAACUUUCCUAGAAGUGCCUGAUGUUUUUAUUGAGGCAGUGAGUGGUAAAAUUACUCUAUUGUUCAAGUCUCCAAAAGCCCAGAAAUAUCCCAGGCAGACACUAACAAUCAGGAACCACUCUUCCCCUUCAUGGCUAUUUGCAAGUUUCCUGUGAAAACAUUGGCUUCCUGUACCCAAAUCAAAAUGUGUGUUGUUACAUCACUCUAGCUUGUACAGCUCACGUCGUAGCUGUAAAUAUGAAAAAUUGGAGUGUUCUACCCGAUUUUCAAUAAACCUUCCAGGCUGCAAUAACCAGGAUGGUUUUCAGUUAAACCCUUAUCUGUACUUUUUAUUUAUUAGCUGAAAUGUAAGCAGGCAUAUUCACUCACUUUUCUUUGUCUUUCCUGAGAGCUUUUUAUUAAAACUUCUCCCUUGGUUAUCUGUUAGCUAUUGCACUUCCAACAUGUAGCCAAUAAAUCUGGUUCAUUGCCAUCAAAGGAAUAAAAAGCUCACCAUACAAAUUACAUUUCAAAACAAACCCUAAUAAAUCCACAUUUCUGCAUGGCUCACUCAACUGAAAUAAUGCCUUUCAUUCAAUAUGUUCUUAUAGGGCAGAACACUUUCAUAAGUAGAGUUUUUUAUGUUGUUUUUUUUUUUUUGUCAUGUUGAUAACAUGCAGCUUUUUCCUCUCAUAGAAUUUUUCUAUGGCAAAUGUAAUAUGCCUCUUAUCUUCAGGAAAAAUAAAUAUUGCUUUGGAACAAAA